AUGAUCGAGAUUAAAUCCCUCUCCCAAUUUAACGCUCUCAAACCAACUCCCCUUCUCAUUAUAGACUUCUAUGCCACCUGGUGUGGUCCCUGCAAGCAAAUAUCCCCCGUAUUCUCGAGGCUUUCCACCCAGCAUUCCACGUCAGCGAACGUCAUAUUCGCCCAAGUCGACGUCGACAAGGCGAAAGAUGUAGCGCAGCUCUGCGGCAUCUCCGCGAUGCCGACCUUCCAGUUCUUCCGGCAGGGCAAGAAGGUCGACGAGGUGAAGGGCGCCGACGUGCAGCAGCUCACCACGAAGAUUGGAUACUACGCCGGGGCUGUGGCGAAGGAGGGUCCCGUCCCGACUGCGAACAAGUCAGGGGGAAGUGCUUCCUCGGUGGAGACGAAGAAGGGACCCGGGAGCCUCAGAGAGAGUGUGGAUGGUGAGAGGGGACGCCUGUUGGGAGCGACGCUGCUGAGCUCGGUGCGGAAUAUCGCUGCGCCGCCACCGGCAGGCUACGCGUUGAGCUCGGUGGGGGGGCCGAGGAUCCUGGCACAUAUCCCCUUUACGACGGCGGUGAUACCGUCGAGUAUCACGCUGAAGAUUGAUGCGAAGUCUCUCUCUUCGGCGCCGUCCCGGAUCACGGUCGGUAGUAAUGCGGCGGUUGUGGUACGGAAGUUGGAAGACGGUACCGAGAUGAAUGAUUUGGAUAUGGAGGGGAGUAUGGCGAAGGCGGAGAAUACGCAGGCUUUCAAUCUUUUCUCGGAUGAGUAUGUGGAGGGGAAGGUAGAGCUGAAGUUGAAGGGGAGUAAGUUUGGCGGGGGAGCGGGAGUGAGGAGUCUGCUAGUGAGGAUCGAGAAAAAUCUGAGUGGGGAGGAUGGCGUGGUUACGAAGAUUGGAGAGAUGGAUAUUAUCGGGGUUAAGGUCUAUUUCUCGUUCGCGUUCUCAUCUGGGACCACCGUUCUCUUCGGCGUCGACAUCCCGAGGUUGAAACAGAAGCCGGCAGUGCUUUCCAACCUUCGAGAGCGUAAAAGCCUGCUGCAUCUGCUCUAG